AAAAUGCUUUGUCCCACUUUCAUGGUGGACAAAUCAGAGUCCAGAACUGGACCUUCCUAAAUAAGAUCAAAUCCCACAGAUGGAUUGUGCUCAGAUGUGUUUCAUCCCAGUGAACGAGCCGACUUAGAAGACCAGCCUGGCCAGCUCUUCGAUGACUGACUCAUCAGCUCUUCAGUGACUGAAUUUCAAGAUGAAGGAUUAAUACAGAAAAUGGAAUUUUGGAUCAUUUGCUAAAGAAGAAGAUGGAAAAGGAAAAUGAGUGAGUAGAGACCACAUCAUCCAGGUCAAGACACAAAAUGAGCGCUCUCCUUGUCCUGCUGCACUGUCUUCAUUGGCUGGAGCGAGAUAAAAGGGCUUGGCUGAGUAACUCAGAUCUCAAGGGAAGCAGCACAUGGUCCAGGUUCACAGUUGUCAGCCUUGUGCUUCCCCUGUUCCGGGUGUGCUGCAAGGUGGAGACAGGUCUGUCCACAGGGGGAGAAGCUCCAGGUAGUAAGGAAACUACCAGUGUGUCUCCUGGCAGCCAGAGCUCUCCUGGUGCCAUGGAGGACACAUCCAGCCAGAAGUCCGGACCAAGCAAAGACACACUGGGCUCCCCAAUGCCACAGGAGACUCCUGCCCAGUUCAUCCACGUCAAGUUGGAGGAGUAUGAGCCCACAGACUUCAGAACCAAGGAACUCAUCCUAAAGAAAGCCAGAGAGGUCUGCACAUGCAAUCGUCAAACCAUCAUCACCUUCCUGUGCCAGUUGUUCCCAGUGCUGGACUGGCUCCCCCGCUACAACAUCAAGACACAGUUGCUUGGGGACGUCAUAUCUGGGCUCCUGGUGGGGAUAGUCACCAUCCCUCAGUCCGUCUCCUACGCCCUCUUAGCCAGCCAGGAUCCCAUCUACGGGAUCUACACCAACUUCUUCUGCAACAUCAUCUACGUCGCCUUGGCCACUUCGCGGCACAACUGCGUGGGCUCCUUUGGGGUGCUGUGCCUGCUGGUGGGGCAGAGCGUGAACCGGCACCUGCGGCUCGCGGGGUACGGCGACGACAGCUCCGACAGCUCCUCACUGCCGGGCAACGCCACCUCCGCCGGCAACGGGACGGGCGCCUGCGACAGGAGCUGCUACGCCAUCACCGUGGCCCUUUCCUUAAGCUUUCUGGUUGGCCUUUACCAGAUCCUGCUGGGUGUUUUACAGCUGGGAUUUGUGGCUGUCUACCUGUCAGAACCUCUCCUUGGUGGCUUUGUGACCGGCUCCAGCCUCACCAUUAUCACCUCCCAGAUGAAGUAUCUCCUGGGACUGAAAAUCCCUCGUCACGAAGGGGUGGGGUCAUUCAUCCUGACCUGGGUUGACCUUUUCAGAUACAUUCAGAACACCAACAUCUGUGACCUGGUCACCAGCCUGGUUGCUUUGGCCAUCAUAGUGCCUGUCAAGGAGAUCAAUGACCGGUACAAGGAGAAGAUGAAGGCCCCGUUCCCCAUAGAGCUGCUGGUGGUCAUUGUAGCCACAGUCAUAUCUCACUACUUCAACUUUGAAAAGCGAUACAAGUCUGCUGUUUGUGGGGAUAUCCCCACUGGUUUCAGGAAACCCACUUUACCAGAUAUAAGCCUGUUUUCCAGCCUGGCAGUUGAUGCUGUGCCCAUUGCUGUUAUUGGCUUUGCCAUGACCAUCUCCCUGGCAGAAGUCUUUGGCAAAAAGCAUGGCUACAGUGUCCGUGCCAACCAGGAGAUGAUCGCCAUUGGCAUGUGCAACCUGAUCCCUUCCUUCUUCUACUGCUUUGCCAGCUCUGCAGCCCUGACCAAGACUCUGCUGAAGGAGUCCACGGGGACCCAGACCCAGGUCUCUGGCCUGGUCACCUCCCUGGUGCUGCUGCUGGUGCUGCUGUGGAUUGCCCCGCUCUUCUACUCGCUGCAGACCUCCAUCCUGGGGGUGGUCACCAUCGUCAACCUGCGGGGGGGCCUCAGGAAGUUCCGUGACACCCCCCGGAUGUGGCGGCUCAGCAGGCUGGACACGGUGGUGUGGUGGGUGACCAUGCUGUGCUCCACCCUGAUCACCACAGAGAUCGGGCUCCUCGUGGGCGUCUGCUUCGCUCUGCUCUGCAUCAUCUUCCGCACGCAGAGACCCAGGGCCGCGCUCCUGGGCAAGGUCAGCAACACGGAGAUCUACGAGGACCAGUCCACUUACAAGCAGCUCAGCAGCAUCGCCAACAUCAAAAUCUUCCGCUUCGAGUCGUCCCUCUACUACGCCAACAAGGACUAUUUCAAGACUGUUCUGUACCAGAGAACUGGGGUAAAUCCUGUUCUGCUGGCUGCUAAACACCAAAGGGUGGGGGCCCAGGCAAACACAGAGACAGGCAACAGCAAGAGCUUUUUGGGCACUGGGUUUGACUGCCUGAAACAGGCCAAGAAAAGGGCUGAGAAGCCUCCAGCGGAUGCCUGUCCUCCCUCCAUAGAUAUGCACACCUUAAUCCUUGACUGCGGGGCAAUGCAGUUCAUAGAUACUGUGGGUCUCUCUGUGCUAAAGGAGACAUAUCAUGACUAUAAGAAGAUUGGUGUCCAGGUGUUCCUGGCCAACUGCAACCCCUCCAUCCGCCACCGCCUCCAGGAGGGAGGCUGGACUGGCGAGACAGGCAGUGAGGGUCAGCUGGCUUUCCACAGCAUCCAUGAUGCAGUGCAGUUUGCUGAGUGGUGGUACCAUGUGCACCAGGAGGAAAGCAAGGAGAAACAGGAUGCUCUCCUGGACCCCGAAGACCUGAACUUCCAGGUGUCUUUGUAGACCUGUGUGUGGGGAAUGAUUUCUAACGGGGAAGGGCUUUACGUACUCGAGAGCAGUUUCAGUCUUUGUGCAGUCAGAGCGCGCAGGAGAGACUUGUGAUGAUCUGCCAGCAGCGGCAUGGGGCAGAAGGAUGGGGGGAGAGAUUUGAGGAGAGAUUGGCAACAGGUAAAUCGUCGGGAGGCGUUUCGGGGUCCGUCGUGCCGGUGAGAGCCGGGGCGGCGUUUGACGCGCUCCCGCCCUGCACUGCCCCGCGGGGGCGCGGGGGGGCGCGAGUGAGACGCGCUCGGGGCCGCCUCCCGCAACCCCGGCGGGCUCGGGGAAUCCCGGGAUGGUUUGGGGGGGAACAGACCUAAAGGUCAUCCCCUUCCAGCCCCCUGCCAUGGGCAGCGACACCUUCCGCUAGACCAGGUUGCUCCAAGCCCCGUCCAACCUGGCCUUGGACGCUUCCAGGGAUGGGGCAGCCACAGGGUCAAGAUGGGACACUAAGGCAAAGGAAGGAGGAGCUGCAGUGAGGUCAAGAGAGACAUGGAGCUCCUGGAGUGGGUCCAGCGGAGGCUGCGGAGAUGAUGAAGGGACUGGAGCAU